UGGCAGGUGACCGACACGGCCGCCAGACUGUUUGUCCAUCUGCCCGACGCCCGGAGUCGUCCUCAUUUCUGAGCGCUCAGUACUUCGUCGACACAUCGCAAACAGACCUCAAUCUCUGCUGAAAUCAAAUUCUGACCUUGGCCCGUAUCGCCUUGGGAUCUUUCAUGUGUCCCGGGGGUGAUGAGCGACAGCCACGACUCGGCUCUGGGGACUUGUCCUGGUCGCCCAAUUCCGCGGGAUGCCUAGCUCUACGCUCAAAAUCACGGUCUGCGCUUUUCCGUGCCUUCUGCUUCCCGACCUCUUAUGCAGCUAGCAAUCAACUUUGCGGGCCGGUCCUACCUCCCACAUCUGUGAAUCUCGCCUGUUUGUUUGUUGCGAAUAAGCUCUAUGUAGUUCACCUGCUUCUCUGUCUAUGGUGCCUCGGCUCCUCUGCGAUGCUAUAAACAUGCUAUCCCGUUCAGUAAGCAGCCCAUGCGCCCCAAGUUGUUGUUCAUUUCUCGCAUGCAUGUUCACUAUGCGGCCCGUGUCCUUCACGAGCCCCCCGCUCCCCGCCUUCGCUCCUGGUGUAGCACACGGUCAACGCAGCACCGCAGCACCAAGGAGACCGAGUACCUUCACCGACGGUAUCUUCGCCAACAGCGUACCGACUGUCACGCGACUGGGCGGCCUCUCUGGCACUGGUCGACGCUAAACUGGGGCAAGACCGCGUGUAACCAGUGCGGUUUGUAUGAGCGGACCCACCUUCGACGAGCUGCGGGCUAGCA